CAGCGUUUCUAGAGGCAGAAGGGCUUUGAACCGGUCGCAUCUUCACCCCCAGAGGCUGCGUUGGCGGGAAAGACUCCUCCCCUUUGGGGAGAAGUGUGAUACUGAGUGUGAGAGGCGCAUUUUUGAGCGAGUCGGUUCCCUAACGCCUGGCGGUUAGCUCUGACUUCCCGCCAAGAAGGAUACCAAUGGAUAUUAUAAAGGGAAACCUAGAUGGGAUUUCAAAACCAGCCUCAAAUUCAAGAACACGUCCUGGGAGCAGAAGUUCAAAUGCAAGUUCUCUGGAGGUGCUCUCACCAGAACCAGGUUCCUUCAAGGUUGAUACUGUAAGCACAUUGAAUUCUGGUAAGGAGGACCACUCAGAAAGCAGUAAUACAGAGGAAGGAAGAUAUAAUAAUGAUGAUAAAGGGGCAAACUACUCUGAGAAAAUAAAACUGGCUAAACAGGGGCCAGUUGAAGAUCUGGACUUGAUUCAACAUCAGAUGAUCCCUGAAUGUUCAGAUGAAACCAAAUUAAAAGAAGUAGACUCUCAACUUCAAGAUGCUAUUUAUAAAAUGAACAGACUUGAUAAAAUAUUGGCAAAAAAACAAUACAGAGAAAAAGAAAUUAAGAAGCAAGGUCUAGAAAUGAGAAUAAAGUUGUGGGAAGAACUUAAGUCUGCAAAAAAUAGUGAAGCUUUGCAAAGUAAUGAGGAGAUGGAAAAUACAAAGAAAUUUUUAUCUUUGACUGCUGCAUCUGAAGAAACUAUUGUAGAUCUUUCUCAUCGUGAGGAUGAAGAUACCUUUUUCCCAGUGUUUCACACUCAGAUAUCUCCAGAAGAAUAUGAAAACCAUAUGCAAAAUGCCAAUCAAGAUUUUGCCUAUGAUGUGGAAGGAAAUGAGUCAUUGAUCAAAGCAGAAAAGAAACCUUUCUCAAAUACAGAAAAAUUUGAGCUCAGGGGUAAACACAACCACGAUUUUGUUAAGCGAAACAUUGAGUUGGCUAAGAAUUCAAGAAACCCAGUGGUUAUGAUUGACAGAGAGAAGCAAAGACUGGCUGAACUUUUGAAGGACUUAGAUGAUGGAGAUUCGGGACUGUCCAGUUCUGAGGGUGAUCAGUCUGGUUGGCUGGUCCCAGGAGAAGGAUACACAUUUGCAGCCACCCAGCAUCAGCAGCUUGCUGAAAUUCAUACAAAACUCCAAGAACUAGCUGCAGUCCGCCCAAUAAUUCCCAGCUUUUCUCCAAGACUUGAAAAUCAGAAUGAUCAGGAACAUGACCUUCAUGAUGAAAAAAAUACAGAAAUAACUCCAGGAGAAAGAGUCCUGCAGAAAAACAAAGAGGAACGGGAUCAGCAAAAUCGACUGAGAGAGAUAGAUGAAAAGCUGAGAAAGAUCAAGGAAAAUGUGGCAGAUUUGGCAAUGACCUCUGUGGCUGCAGCUUCAGAAGAAAGCAAAAUGAUGUACUUUGGUCUUGGUGUCAGUUGGGAACCAAAAGAAUUUGAUUCCACAUCACUUCUCUCUGAGGAACAGUUGAGGUGUCUUCUGGAUGAAUGCACAUUCAAACAAAAGUCCAUCAUGAGGCUUUCUUCUGACAGAGAAAAUGAAGAUAUUGAGGACGUAACAUCAGAGUUCCCCAAGCUUUCUAGAUCUAUCCUCUCUAAGUUACUAAAUAGAUCAGAAGCAGAGGUCCAGAAAACUGAGGUAGAGGAUGAAGAUAUGCUCGAGAAUGUAGAAUGUAAAGUUGAUGAACAGUGCUAUCUCACAGAAGCCCUGACUGGGCAUUAUAUAUCAGAAGCUUUUGUAAUUGACACAGAGAAUAUGAAAUGCCUCCAAUUUUCCAAGAAUGAGGUUAUUAGUGAUGCAGAAGACUACUUUAUGUCAAAGACUGUUGGCAUUGGGAGAUUGAAAAGGCCUUCCUUCUUGGAUGAUCCACUGUAUGGUGUCAAUGUGAGCCUUUCAUCAGAAGACCAACAUCUGAAACUGAGUUUUCCUGGGAAACCAACAACAGAUGAACAGGAGACUGAAGAUGUAGUGGAAGAAUGUGAAGAAUCUUAAGCAAGGACCUCCUGGGAUGUGUUCUGAAGAAAGUUGGUAAUGAAGUUAAAGUCUAUUUCUUUCUGAAUUCUUUGAAUUUAAUGAAUGCAUUAUAGAGACUAUUUCUUAUGAUUUUGACAUUGGGGCUGGGGUAGAGUGUUUAUCUUGCAAGCACAAGAUCCUGGGUUCAAUCCCCAGCACCAAAACGAACAAACAAACAAACAAAUAAAUAAAAACUAAAAACCUUCUUGCUUUGUAAAUUACAUUUCCUUGCUAUUUUUUGAGACUUGGGGUACAAUUGUUCAAUGAUUUUUCUUCAUUGAAAUUUCUGGGAAAUUUGUAAGUAUGUUGCUAAUCUUGCAACAUCAGGGACACAGUUAUAAAAACCAACAUUGUAACAUAUGGGUGUGUGUUAAACUAGUGAAAGUGGUAUGAUUGAUGAUUGUUCUAUAUUUGAUUCUUUUUCUUUUUUAUUUGAUUAUGUUGUCAAUUGUGCCUUUUCUGUUAACCUUCUCACUAAGGGUAGAAAAACAUUUCUAUUUCAUUUCUUUUAGUGUCACAGUUUUCCCCCUCUGUCCUUAAAGAGACAAAAGGCAAUCAGGCCACAGGAAGAAAUGAAUUUUGUCAACAUUAAGGGAGCUUAUAGUAACUUAUUAGCCAUAAUACUUUUCUUAAGUAGUUUAACAAGUUAUUUGAUAUAUUCUUUCAGUUUAGUCCAUUCUUUCAGAGUUAGAGCCUUUGAGAAUUUAGCAAGAUGAGCAACAAAAGUCUGUGCUACCAUUAAAAGAAAAGUUUUGUCUUUUUUUUUAAACCUUUAUUUUUUAAUUUAUUUUUUUAUGUGGUGCUGAGGAUUGAACCCAGGGCCUCACACUUGCUAGGCGAGCACUCUACCGCUGAGCCACAACCCUAGCCUCAAGUUUUGUCUUUUUAUAAGUAAUUUACCUAGAUUCAUUGGAAAAAUUUAUGUGAAUAUCCCAUAAGCUGAAUUGGCAUUAAAUUAAAACUAAAAAUCUAAUUUAUUUCAGCCAAAAAAUGAGCUGGAUAUUGUGCUGCUUCUAAUAAAAUUUGGAGUAAUA